UUAAAAAUCCGAGUAUUUUCAUUUAAAAUUCAAACUAGUUUGCGAAACGUCUUGAAACAUCGAUAAUUACAUAUAAAAAGGGACAUGGAGGAAGUGUGGUUUUUCUUCAAGUUAAUUGAAAUUGUGUUGGGCUUCACCUGCAUGGUUUUUCACAUCCAAGGUUUUCUCGAUGAUCGCCAACCUUUACCUCAUCAGAUGUAUUUUUGUGGAACUUUUUUUGGAUUCACUUUAAUUGCAAUAUUUGGAAAUAUCGGGAUUAGCUUGGGCUCGAGGCCAUCGAUGCUAAUUGAAGCAAUUGUAAGUGGAGUUGCUACGGUGUUUUUUAUAAUGUCGUCGAUAUUUUCAAUGUACCAUGCGGAAAGAGAUUUUCACUUGAUGUAUUUGUCUGAUUAUGAGGAGUCCGUUCAUCCAUUCUUUGCAAUCAGUAAAAAACAAAGCAUAGCUGCUUUAACCAGUGGAUUGUUUUAUAUGUUGCAUACAAUUUUUGCAAUUGAUGCACUUUUAAUAACGGAGGAAAUUAAAUUAGAUGAUGAAUCUUUACAAGCAGCGUUAAUAGCAAAGGCUGAUUUGGAAUGCUAUCAGCCCAUAAAAAUAUACAUUUGUGGUAAGGAAUUCAACGAUAUGCUACAGAAAAAGGAGUGGUUUGUUUCCAUAACCGGUCAGGAUGCUAGGAAUGAACGAGCACGAAAAAUUCAAAAGACUAUGAAAGAACUGAAGUAUGUGUGGCCAGAUAAUAUUAUUUGAUUUCUUGUCAAUUGAGAAAAUUGUAUUAAAUUAAAUUAAAUUACACUUUAAAC